UUCUCUCAAGAGUCAAAUCUCACACACUCAACCCCUCCAAUUCAUCCCUGCUGCCCUUUUUACGUCCCCAUCUUCCCCACUUUCAUUCUUCUUCUUCCCACUCAUCCUCUUCUCUCGUUUCACUUCACUGUUCAUUUCUUUCCCCCAAAACCCUCGCCAUCUCACAAAACCUCCAAACCUUUCCCUCAUAGGAUCCUCAAAAUUUGAACUGAGAUCAAAUCUCGCAAUCUCUCCUCCUUCAAUGAUAGAUCCCUACCUGAAUUCACUACACUACCAUAUGCUGCAGUAGCAAAUCUAGGAGAACCCAAUAACCCAAAGAAAGAAGGGGACAAUACCCUACAAAAACCAGAGGUGGAGGGAGAGAUCGAAGGUACAGACUUGUAACCAAAUAAGGUAUAGAGAGAGUGAGAGAGAGGAAACCCAGUAAGUGGAAGUGGAAUAUCCCACAAGAAAGAAGAUAGAUGAGAUAAAAGACCCACCAAGAGAAAAUCAAAAUCAAAAGAAGAAAAUGGAUUCAACAUUAGGUGGAGGUGGAGGUGGAGGUGGAGGCGGUGGUGGAGGUGGUGCAUCAGAGCCUAGCUCAGGGGAGGGCCCAUCUGUGACUGGAGGCGGAGGAGGUGAAGGAUCGUCGGCAGCGCCGCCGAGUCGGUAUGAGUCACAGAAGCGGAGAGACUGGAACACUUUUCUACAGUACCUGAAGAACCACAAGCCCCCUUUGUCACUUGCAAGGUGCAGCGGAGCUCACGUAAUCGAGUUCCUAAAGUACCUGGAUCAGUUCGGGAAAACGAAGGUGCACUUGUCUGGUUGUGCCUAUUUCGGCCACCCAAACCCACCUGCUCCUUGCGCUUGUCCUCUCAAGCAGGCAUGGGGCAGCCUUGAUGCCCUCAUCGGACGGCUUAGGGCGGCUUACGAGGAGCACGGUGGACGGCCUGAGUCAAACCCUUUUGGUGCGAGAGCCGUGAGGAUAUAUCUAAGGGAGGUGAGGGAAGGGCAAGCCAAGGCUAGAGGGAUUCCCUAUGAGAAGAAGAAGCGGAAAAGACCCACCACCACCACCACCACCACCCCGGCGGCGGCAUCGAAUGCUUCAACAGCAGCACCGGCACAAGGAGUGGCUGGUGGUAGUAGUGGUGGCGGCUCUUCAGAAGCUGCGGCUGCCAGUACUGUUGCUCCUCCAUCCACUACUUCCGUAUAGUAGCUCCUACAAAAUUCAUUCCCAUCUUUUGUAUAUUUCCACUGCUAUUUUUGAGUUCUUAUUAUAUGUGGCAAUUUUCCCUAAUGAUUUGAUCUUUAUAGGAUCACAAUCUCUCUCUCUCUCUCUCUC